AUGCCUAAAGCUUUGCCUCCCUCUGAUGUCCAGAAUGCUGUUGAUAAGCUCAAAAAAGGCCUUCACUUCUCAGAAACUCACUCUCAAACUGGUGUCAGUACUGGAAUGAUUAGCAGGAUAAGGGCAAUGCACUGUCCUGAGCUCCCCAAGCACUCUGGUGGCUGCCCUUCUAAGCUCUCACUAACCAAUAUUCACCAUGCCACCCACUUGUUGACUGGCCCUGCCCCCACAACCCCACACCCAGUUGCUCAAGAGCUCUCUAGCACAAAUGGGGUCCCUGUCUCAAGCCUUACUGUGCAUCAGGCAGUGCAGAAAGCUGGUGUGGUGCUGUCCUAG